AUGUCUCUCCAAGGCCUUGGGCAAAUUAGUAUCCCAUGGAGAAACCACAACAGCACCUUCCAGCCUAAAGAGCAUCCCAUCUCAGAGCAAGGAGAGACUAUCAUUGGCGUCUACCUGCUCAUUCUCGGUUGGUUAUCCUGGUUUGGAAACAGCAUCGUGAUAUUUAUCUUGUACAGGCAAAGGUUGUCACUUCAACCCCCGGAUUAUUUAACACUUAACCUGGCGGUGUCAGAUGCCAGUAUUUCUAUUUUCGGCUACUCCCGCGGAAUUAUUGAGAUUUUUAAUGUGUUUAGAGAUGAUGGCUUCUUGAUUACAUCCAUAUGGACUUGUCAGAUCGAUGGCUUCCUAACAUUGCUGUUUGGCCUGGCUAGUAUUAACACACACACAAUGAUCAGCGUGAUAAGAUAUAUCAAAGCAGUUCAUCCGCACAGAGCUUAUUCGAUCAGCGCUGGGAGUAUCGCUGCGUCGCUGGUACUGAUCUGGAUUGCUGCGAUCUUCUGGUCAGGAGCUCCUCUCUUCAACUGGGGAAGUUACACGGAUCGCAUGUACGGAACCUGUGAAAUAGACUGGAGCAGAGCAAGCUUCUCCACUAUUUACAAGUCAUACAUCAUAUCCAUCUUUAUCUGCUGCUUCUUCCUGCCUGUGUUCGUCAUGUUGUUUUCAUACAUCUCAAUCAUUAACACUGUCAAGUCGAGCCACGCCUUUGCGGGAAAUGCUGACCUGAGUGACCGCCAAAGAAGGAUGGAGAAGGAUGUCACGAGGGUUUCAAUGGUUAUCUGCACAGCCUUCAUUAUUGCUUGGUCACCUUAUGCUGUUAUUUCCAUGUGGUCUGCAAGUGGCUAUACUGUGCCACAACUGACGGGCAUUUUUGCCAGUCUUUUCGCCAAAUCGGCCAGUUUCUAUAAUCCUAUGAUAUAUUUUGGACUGAACUCAAAAUUCCGUAAGGAUAUUUACAUCUUACUGCCGUGUGUCAAGGAGCCCAAGGAAUCCGUGAAGCUCAAGAGAUUCAAGCACCUCAGACACAGACCUGAGCAGCAGCAAGCCAAUAAGGACAGAUACGCAGAGGAACUUCAGCAGGUGGCGAGUCCUGACUCAGGAAUGGGCAGCCCAUCCAAAAGCCCACCUCUUCAUAAUAAAGAUGUCUUCUUUGUUCCUAUGGGCUCAGAGGCUGAUGAUUCGCUGUAUGAAUGUGACCGGCUGUAG